AUGGCUCACAGUCACGCUUCCUGGGCCUUCGAUGGCCCUGCCGAGGCUCCGCCAUCGCCGCGGACCAUGCGCACGCUGCGGAAGAUCCGAUCGCAUCAAGUCCUAACGACCUCGAGCGCCUUAAUUGCACAAACCCAAUCCUCUCAGUCUUCAGGGGCUCGCGACGCUGAGAAUGGAACAGCUGUAGCCCUCGACAAUGCUACCGUGCGAACACCUGCGCAUCGUCGAGCCCGAUCUAAUAGUGACGCAGCUGCUCGCAUGGCAGCUCUGACGGCGCCGGUUCCAACACGACGCCCACCCCGGAAGACUGGGUCAGGAAUAGGGAUCAAGAGAUCGCCAUUGGAAACCUUUUUACGCGAUGGGCCACAGAAUGGACAAGGUCGAGAAGGGCUACAGGAACUGAAGUUACUCAUUCUUUCAUGCAGAGUGGAUGCAGAUGGAGAUGGCAUGUCGCCUUACCGGAUCUACCUAUGGCUUGUCCUGCUUGAAAUUCCCCCUGUUCCCACCGACGAAUACCUUGGCUUCAUUCACCGCGGUCGAUCCCCAGCAUACGCCAAAAUCCGCAAUGACACAUUCCGCACUCUAGCCACCGAUCCUUUGUUUAAACGCCGCGUCACCGAAGCCAGCUUGAUUAGAUUGCUGAAUGCUGUGGCAUGGAAACUGCACGACUCGAAAACAAAACGAAAGUCUCGGCCUUCCUCCAGAAGACGCGAGAUGGAGCUUCUAGUGAAUACGCCACCGAGAAUCGACGAGGAACCCGAAGAUCCAGGCUCUGCGAAUAGCCCGCCUGUCAAUGACUCUGCAAUCUACGUUCAAGGGAUGAAUGUCCUCUGCGCCCCCUUUCUGUAUGCAGCCCGCAGCGAGGUCGAAGCCUUUGCUCUAUUCCACUUCUUUGUCACUAAAGAAUGCCCGGGCUAUAUUCGCGGUGCUAUGGAUGGAGUACAUAGGGGUCUUCGAUUGGUUGACAGAUGCCUAGAGAUUGUGGAGCCUAAACUUGCUGCCCACCUCUUCUCCAAGGGAAUGUAUGCAGAGCUUUAUGCCUUCCCAUCUGUCCUCACGCUCUGUGCUUGUACACCACCCCUUCCUGAGGUUCUUCAUCUUUGGGAUUUCCUCUUUGCCUAUGGAUCCCACUUGAACAUCGUUUGUAUUGUGGCCCAGUUAGUCCGGAUGCGAGAUACGCUUCUUGCAAGUGAUAAUCCAAACAAAAUUCUUCGAAAUCUUCCCCCUCUCAAUGCCAAGGAGAUCAUCGCUCUGACGGUGCUCUUGGUUCAGAGGAUUCCCUCUGAUCUAUAUGCCGAAAUGGUCACCCAUGCGAAAUGA